AUGGGCGUCUCCAUGCCGAUGCGUAACCCCAAGGACUCCAUGACGUCUACCUGGCGUUCCUGGGAUCGCUCAAAGUGGUCAUUCAGCCACUGGCUUCUCGAGAUCUUAAACGUGCACCACGUCGAGCUAGACCAAGACGUCCCUGUUCAUCAAAAAACAGAUAAGGUUCCCUAUGCACCAGAGCUACAGUUCCAUCGCUGGGUCCUCAUACACACUGCCAUUCCACUCGUCCUCCACCAACUCUAUAUCAGCUGCUUCGGCUACCCUUCAGUAUAUCUGGUCUUCAUCUUUUAUAGCCUAGCUCUGGAGCUCAUUGCCGUACACGAAACCCACGUUCUACGCCGUGUUGGUCACAAGAUCGGCUUCUUCGAUGGAGACAAGCACGCUCGCGAUGGUGUCCCAGACGUUGGCGUCGAAAAAACAGCCCAGACCCUCCUAUCCGUCAUCGCGCUCCGGCCAAUGCUCACCACAUUCCUCACCUAUCGCGCCGAUGAAGGCCCUUCCUCUAUAAGAUGGGGAUGGCUCAUCUUUGAGACCGGCAUGUAUGCACUCGUCCUCGACUUCUGGUAUUACAUCUUCCAUCGCUCCGCGCACGAGACGGAGCACCUUUGGCAAUAUCACCGAACACACCACCUGACUAAGCACCCCAAUCCUCUGUUGACCGCAUAUGCGGACACGGUGCAGGAGUUUGUUGAUAUUGUUGGUACACCGUUCAUCACGUACUCUACCUUGAAGCUGAUGGGAUUUCCGAUGGGCUUCUAUGAGUGGUGGGUGUGUCAGCAGUAUGUUGUGUUCACGGAGGUUCUGGGUCACAGUGGUCUGCGUAUGAUUGCUACUGCGGUGAAUCCGUGGACCUGGUUGUUACGUUUGUGUGAUAUGGAACUUGUUAUAGAGGACCAUGAUCUUCAUCAUCGCAAGGGUUGGAAGAAUAGCCAUAAUUAUGGCAAACAGACUCGGGUUUGGGAUAGGUUGUUUAAUACGUCCAUUCCUCGGAUAGAGGGACACCGGGAUAAUAUUGACUAUGUCAAUACGGCGGAGAUACCUUUGUUGUGA